GGCCGUCGGCCAGCACCACUCAGUUUGAAGCGAAGCAGCCCUCCGCGCUGGACGUGGUGGACGUAGUGGACGUAGCUGGACGCCCCGCCCCGGACGGACCGAAGGCGACCGAAGGCCGAGCACGCCGUCGUCACCCCUCGUCCCGACGACCGCAAGACUGCAGCCGCUACCCGCGGCCAAGAAGGCGCCGGCGGAGAUGGCGCAGCCACCGCUGACGAGCUUGCCGCCGCCGCCCACCCCCCAGCUGCACCGCCCCCUGUCUCCCGGCGAGGGCGAGGAGAUCCCCCUGGAGCAGAGCGCGCCCUCCAGCGGCACCAUGAAGAAGAGGCUCUCCGUGGACCUCGGCGCCAUUCACACGCCGCGGUUCACCAGCAACUAUGAGGAAAGAAAAAGGAACCAGAAGAUUGCAGUCUUCUGCGCAGCGUUCAUCGGCAUCUUGCUGCUCGUCGUCCUGGUGGUCGGCGUCAUCUACAACACGACCUACAUCAACCUUCUGAGCCAGGCGGUGCGCCGCUUCCACCCAGAGAACCACAACGGGGCCAUGGUUGGGCGCGGCCAGGCCCCGCCAGCCUUCUCCGCGGCGCAGCACAGCGCGGGCCCGCACAGCCCCGCGCUGCCCACGGCCGACGACAAGUUCCCCGCCAUCACGGUCGGCAGCGAGGACCGGCCCCUGGCGCAGUUCGCCAUGUCGCCCUUCAGGGUGUUCGGCAGGCCGGGCCGCCCCGAGGACGGCAGCGGCUCCGAGGACUCCGCCAACCCCUUGAACGUGGUGUUCCACGGCGGCUCGGACGGCGCCCACGCCAAGUUCAACCUCGGCACCAUCGGCGAGCUCUUCCCGCCGCCAGCGCACCUCGACAAGCGCGACGCCGUCGAAGUGAAGGAGGUGGUGGUGAGGGACCCGCGCCACGUCGCGUCCUUCGUCAUCCCGCUGCACCGCAGGGAGGCUCGCAGCACGCGCGGUGCGCCCCGCGUCAACCAGGUCCACAACGACGACGACCUCAAGGACUUCCACCGCCGCCUGCUCAAGGAGGCCGACGACCUGCGCAGGCUCAUGGAGAACAUCGAGGAGGAGAUCCACGUGAUGGAGCACCGCGACAGGGUCAACGCCAUCAGCCCCGACGACAUCACCUCGGACGGCUUCCCGGCGCCGGCCAGCCUGGUGGAGGAGGACCCCCACGUCCGCGAGGAGCGCGUGCGCCGGUCCGACGGCCAGGUCCUGGAGGCGCUCCGCCUGCGCCGGCAACGACUGCUGGACGAGGCGGCCAAAAUGGAACAGGAGGACGCGGAGGACGCGCACGCGCGGCGCAAGAGAGAGGUGGACCUGGCCGAGGUGGUGCAGAGCAUGCUCAUCCCGCCGGACCAGUGGACGCACGACAAGCGCCAGGCGCGCAGCCACGCCAUCGAGGAGCUGCUGCUGCAGCGCGAGAAGCUGCUGGCCGAGGCGCACGACAUCGGCAGGAUGAUCGAGGCGCUGCACGCGCGCGAGAGGAAGUCCAGCAACGCCCCCGUGCUGAAGCCGCGAGCGCGCCGCCAGGUCCAGGACGCCGCCCACGACAUGCAGACCCUGAUGCGGCUGCGCAAGUGGAAGCGCACGCUGCCCGCCACCAACCUGUUCCUCGAGUCCGUGCGCAAGAAGAAGCAGGCCGAGCCCUCCCUCAUGAAGCGGCUCGGCGACAUGCGCACCAGCCUGCUGAGGGAGGCCGACGACAUCAUGGUGAUCGUCAACGAGCUGCAGUCGGAUCCCUACGUCAGUCCGGUUCAAGGCCCACACGGCCAAGCCCCUCAAUUCCACGGCCCUCCUCCGCACGGCAGCAGGGGCAGCGCGAGCAGCGCCCUGCUGGACGUGUGGCCCUCCGUGCCGCCAGACUACACGCCGAACACUCGCAGCAACGGCAGCGCGGGGGGCGGCAACGCGUCCAACCACACCGUCGCGGCGCAGAUCCAGGCCACCGCGGCCAACCUCACCGCCACCGGCAACGCCACCGGCAUCGCCACCGCCGUCCAGCCCAGCUUCGGCCGCUCCGCCAACGCCAGCCUGCCCUUGCACCCGGAGCACGCCGGCAGUAACCUGACCGCCGGUCACCACUCCCGUUACGCAGAGGAGGACCCUGGCUGCCCGCCAGGCCACCGCGCUUGCCACGACCGGUCGGGCUGCGUGAUGGCGUCCAUGUGGUGCGACGGCGCGGUGCACUGCCCGGACGCCAGCGACGAGGCGCACUGCUCCUGCAGGGACCGCGUCGAGCGCGACCGCCUCUGCGACGGCUACUUCGACUGCCCUCUCGGCGAGGACGAGCUCGGCUGCAUGGGUUGCCUCCCCACCGAGUUCAGCUGCGACGACUUCAGCGAGCGCAAGCGCGGCGCCACGUGCGUGCCCAGGACGAGCAGGUGCGACGGCAACAUGGACUGCCCGAGCGGCAAGGACGAGGCGGAGUGCUCGCUGCUGGCCCUCGCCGUCACCGGCAGGAAGACGCUGCCGGUGUCGUACCAGUCUGGAUUCCUGCACCGCAACCUCCGCGGCGAGUGGUACCCGGUGUGCGGCAACGGCGUGGCCCGCGACUGGGCGCUGCAGGCCUGCCGGGACGUCGUCUCCCCGGACAUCGAAGACGUGAACAUCGACUUGGCGCCGGCGCCCCCGAUGUACCGCGGCGAGUGGCUGACCCUGGCGGGCGAGGGCGCGCUGAGCGUGGUGACGGAGUGCCCCACGGUGGCCGUCGUCACCUGCCCACCCAUGUUGGCCGGUUCCAGGGUGGCUCCUCCGCAGAGCCCCUACGCGCGCGCCCGGCCCGAGAACUUCGACUGGAGCAGGGAGAGCGACGAGGAGCUCGCCGACCCGGAGGACAUGCGCACGCGCCUCAAGCGCUACCUGCACCUGGCGCCGGGCUUGGACCCCGUGCUGCUGGACUACAAUCAGCUGGAUGAAGUGGCCGCUGAUCUGGUUCGCGAGGAGGAGGCCAAAAUGCGCGCCGCGGCGUCGGAGGAGGACGACGAGGACGACGAUGACGACCUGACGAACAGCCGGAACGGCAAGGCGCACCGCAUGAAGGAGACGCAGCAGGACGAGGACGACAUCGUGCAGAACAACUCAGGCGAGGACGGCGUGGCGUUCCAGUUGGACCCCCAGGCCCUGCACCGCGUCCUGGGCGACGAGGCCUCGGGGCAGCGCGAGCGCGACGCCGAGAAGGUGCUGCUGCGGCGCAUCCCGGCGGCGUCCUCGUCCACGGCCAGGCACUCGGUGGCGUCCAGCCCUAGAUCGUAUGACGAGCCCGGGCAAGAGGUGAGGCUGUCGCAACCGAUAAAGAUUGUCGUCCGGCUCCGCAACCCCCGCGACACCCCCAGCCCCCCCGUGUUGUCCCUGGCCAACUCGGAGGCCGCCGUCCCGGUGGAGCGUCCCCGGCGAGGCAGCGCCGCCCCGCGCGUGGUCGGCGGCAAGCCCGCCAAGCCCGGCGCCUGGCCCUGGGUGGUGGCCAUGUACCGCGACGGCGUCUUCCACUGCGGCGGCGUCAUCGUCGACGAGUCUUGGAUCCUGACCGCCGCGCACUGCGUCGACGGCUACGAGCGCCACUACCUGGAGAUCCAGGCCGGCAUGCUGCGCCGCUUCUCCUUCUCGCCCAUGGAGCAGACGCGCACCAUCAACUUUGUUGUGAAGCACGACAAGUACAACCCCGAGGACAUGCGGAACGACAUCGCGCUGGUGCACGUGGCCGAGCCGCUGCGCUUGAACCGCUGGGUGCGGCCCAUCGCCCUGGCCGACUGGGGCGGCGAGCACGGACCGCUGGACCCGCCGGCCGGCACCCAGUGCACGGCCGUGGGCUGGGGCGCCACCGUCGAGCACGGCCCUGACCCCGACCACAUGCGCGAAGUGCGCGUCCCCGUGCUGGCGGCCUGCGUGCACCCCGAGGACCGGCGCUCCGGCGGCCUGUGUGCCGGCCUCUACGAGGGCGGCAAGGACGCCUGCCAGGGCGACAGCGGCGGCCCGCUGCUCUGCAGGAUGCCCGAGGACCCGACCCGCUUCUACGCGGCGGGCGUGGUGAGCCACGGCGAGGGAUGUGCCCGACCGAACGAGCCCGGCGCCUACACCAGGGUAUCCAGGUUCAUCCACUGGAUCCACGACACGAUAAGGAUGGACCACGUGGUGAACGACACGCCGCUGCUGCACUGCCCGGGCUACCAGUGCAUGUCGGGCCCGCGGCGCUGCGUGGCGCCCAAGAAGCGCUGCGACCGCUCCGUGGACUGCCUCAAGGCGGAGGACGAGAUGCACUGCGACUGGGGGCUGGACUCGUUCAUGAGGGCGGCCGUCGGCGGGCCGCCGGGCCUCGUGCCGUACAACAGCAGCAGCGUGGCGAGGGCGCACGGCGCCAGGGAGGCGGAGGGCGACGAGGCCGGCGCCGUCGUGUUCCCGCCCACUGGUGCGGACCCGGCCGCCGACCCGGCCGCCGACCCCACCAACACGUACGACCAGCAGCACACGGACGCGGCCCCGCAGCCGCCACUGCCAGAGCAGGGGGCCGGAUCGCCACAGCCAGGAUCGGCCGAGCCUGCUGCACCGGAAUCAGCCGCACCGGGACCCGUCGCACCGGAACCCGCUGCACCGGAACCUGCUGCACCAGAACCCGCUGCCCCGGAACCCGUCGCACCGGAACCCGCCGCACCAGAAACCGCCGCAGGACCAGAGAUAGCAGCUCCCCAACCCGCCCCUGCCGAGCCAGACGCACCGAGUUCGCCUGCAGGGGAGGCGGCGACGGGGGCCGCGGGUAACUCGCAGCCUCCCCAGUUCGUCUUCUUGCCCCCAGAGAUGCCCGCUGUGGGCCCCUUCCCCGUUGACAACUCCACGGGAGCCGCCGGGGCAUACAACCCGGCCGCGGCCUUCGCUGCGCGCCCCGUCGCCAACAACACCACCACUGUCAACGACGGCGCGUUGAACGCGACGGCCACAGGCAACGGCACCUCCGGAUCCUGGCCGACCUAUCAGCCGGGCGCGGCAGUGGCCAACCUCACGGCGCAGAACGGCACGGCGGGGACCGGAAGUCCAGCUGCGCCGAUUUACCUGGACGCCGCCGUCAACCAGACCGCCACUGAUGCCGUGCCGGACUUGGCGGGGGCCGUGGCGGCCGCGGGCAACGCGACGGACGCGGGGCAACCCGGAGCAGAGGCCGAGGUGGUUGCGCCUGCCGAGGCCACCGCAGGCCCCGCAAACGCCACCCUUGGCCUGGACAACAGCGCCGUUGCUACAGAGGCGGUCGGGAACAGCACUGCGAGCGAGAGUGGCACCGCGAUGGGCAGCCCUGUCCCUCAAGGCCUGGGGAACGCGACCUUCAACGAGACCAACCCCACCGUGGCGCAGGGCCAGGCCCCCGUCCUCGCCAGCAACGACACAACGCCCGGCCUCUCGACUGAAGGUCCAUCUGGAGGCGCCGUUGGAGGCGCCGUUGAAGGCGCCAUCGAAUCCACUGUUGGAGGCGCUGGGCAGGUGCAGGGAGAGGGCGUCGGCGUGGGUGGCGGAGUGGUCGGCGGAUCGUCUGCAGCAGCCAUGGCCGCGGCCGCUUCUGCCAUGUACGGCGCCAACGACACGUUCGCUUGCAAGAGGACGCCGCAGGUGGUGGCCGCGUCGCGGCGCUGCGACCGCGCCGUGGACUGCGUGGACGGCACGGACGAGAUGGAGUGCCGGUGCGCGGACUACCUUCGCGUGUCGCGGCCGGACGCGCUGUGCGACGGCUCCCCCGACUGCCUGGACGGCUCGGACGAGCAGGGCUGCGCGCUGUGUCCGCAGGGCCAGUACCGCUGCUGGCAGAGCCCCGGCUCGCCCUGCAUCCCCCACGGCCUUGAGUGCGACGGCGCGCUGGACUGCCCCAACGGCGAGGACGAGGCGCACUGCCUGGCGCUCACGGACGGCGUGUCGCUGCAGGUGGACAGCUCGGGCCUGCCCGUGCUGCAGCGCGAGGGCGUGGUGGCGCGCAAGGUGCACGGCCUGUGGCGCCCCAUCUGCGACGGCGUGCACGGCUCGGCGCGCAGCGUGUCCAGCUGGGCCGCCGACACGUGCGUGGCGCUGGGCUUCAGUGGCUGGGAGUCUGUGAACGACACGUUGGUGGAGGAGCGCCCCUUGGUGCUGUCCAGCCCGCGCAUCGUGCCCCUGGAGGGCCCGCUGCAGGUGGCCGGCGUCGACAAGCCCGUGAACCUGAACCUGAUUCCCGGCCUCGGCGGCAUUGCCAACGGUGGGCUGUGCACAGGCAUUCGCGUCCGCUGUGCGCCGGGCGUGGACGGCGCCCCCGGUAACUUCAUCCAGAUUCCCGGGGCGGCCAGCGGCUCCAGCGAGGGCCUGCCCGAGGGCCGCGGCACCGUCCAGGGCCUCCGCCAGGUGUACAGCACCGCGCAGGCGUGCAGCAAGGCGCCAGGACUGGCCCACCAGGGCGGCCUGUUCGCGUGGCCCUGGCACGCCGAGGUGCUCGUGGAGGGCAUGCCCAGCCUCGCCACCGGGGCGCUGGUCACCGACUCGUGGGUGCUGGCUUCCGCCUCGGCCCUCGGCAGCCUCGACCCCAGCCGCUCCUACGUGACAGUGCUGCUGGGCGGGCCGCGCUCCGAGCUGGGCGUCACGGGCCCGUACGAGCAGGCGCGCCGCGUGGACGCCAUCGUGCGCGUGCCCUCCACGAGCGCCGUCUUGCUGCGGCUGGAGCGGCCCGCCGUCCUCACCAAGCACGUCCGCUCCACCGGACUGCCUGAUUGGUACGCCAUGGUGAAGAAGGCCAUGAGCUGCGUGGCCGUGGGUCGCGGGGCCACCGGGGCCUGGGAGACGGUGCACUUGAAACACCUGCCCACCUGCGUCGACGGUGCCGGCUACGGCAGGACCUGCUUCACCGGGCCGGAGUGCUCGGCCGAGAGUCUGCCCGUCCGGGUGCCGUGGAGCGGCGUCGUGGCCUGCCGCACCCUCUCCGGCUGGUACCCCGCCGCCGUCUACAGCGUGGCCGACCAGUGCGGCCUCUCGGGGUCGGUGGCCUUCGACGCCGUGCACUUCAUGCUGCGCCACGUCAGGAACAUCAUCGACGGCGACAUUGCUGUUCCCGCUUCGCCUGCUCCUGCCUGUCCCGGGCUGCGCUGCCCCGUCGGCCAGUGCCUGCCGCCGUCCUCGGUGUGCAACGGCGCCGUGGAGUGCCGCGGGGCCCUGGACGAGAGCCCUGCCACGUGCGAGCCGCGGAGGAUUGCCUGCGACGCCGGUGGCAACUCCCGCGACUGCGUGUGCCGGGUGGACGAGGUCCGCUGCGCGUCGGGCGUCGGCUGCGUGGACCAGCGGCGCUGGUGCGACGGCGUGCCGGACUGCGCGGACGGCAGCGACGAGCCGGCCAACUGCACGUGCGCCGCCUUCCUGGCGCGCUCCAGGCCCGCCCUGCUGUGCGACGGGCGCCGCCACUGCUGGGACAGGACGGACGAGCACCCCGACCUCUGCACCUGCACGCCGGACAGGUUCUUCUGCCGCAAGUCCGGCCGCUGCGUGGCGCCAGAGGUGGUCUGCGACGGCUACUACGACUGCCCGGACGGCGAGGACGAAACGUUCUGCUACGCCGUGGAGUCCCUCAACCCCGCCAUGGUUCCCGGCAGUGUGGUGCACCGGUCGUUCGGGUCGUGGCACUCGUACUGCGGCGCCGGCGACGUGGCGCAGGCGGCCGACACGGCGUGCUCCUCGGUGCUGGGGCUGUCCCGCGCGCGCACCGCCACCGCGGUCAACGCGACGCAGGCCGUGCUGCCGGAGUACGACAGCUUCAGCGAGGCGAGACUCAACGCGCGGACCGGCGUCGCCCUGCGCGGACCCGGGCCUCUGGUCACGCUGAGGAGCAAGCAGCUCGACGCCAACCACCCCUGCACCCAGACCUUCGUCACAUGCCAGUGAUAGAGAACCAGUCCAGCACAAAUGGAGUACAAAUGAGAGUCAAUGUUUAUUUGUUUGUGGUUUUGUAAAUAGCCUAUCUUUUUCAAUAUUGUUUUUGUACCGUAGUUUAUAAGUGUUUUGACAAAAAAAGAAUUAAAAUGUAAUGUGCACAUUA